AUGUGGGGUCACGGCAAGAGGUCUGGGAAGAAUGAAGAGCAAGAAGAAGAGGCGACCACGGCCGCUGGGCAUCUUGCCAGAGUCCCGGAGGCCGAGAAGGGUUUGAAUGCAGAUUCGGACUCCGACCUGGAGACGGAAGGUAUCCAUGGGCUCAGAGAAAUGGUCAGUGAGACUCUCUGCCGGAGGUCUUACCAGGCUUAUAGUGUUGCGCCCAUCUCCUGCUUUCUGCGCCAAGGGAGUGCCCCGGAAUUAAACCUGCGACAUCGUGGCCUGGGGCCCCAGGGGGUCCAGGCUCUGGCUUCCAUGUUGACCGUCAAUCCCUACAUCAAGCGUCUGGAUCUUCAGGAUAAUGUACUCUGUGGGGCUGGUGCAGAGGUCCUGGCAGAUGUCCUAAGCAAAAAUAGCAGCAUCUGUGAUGUGAACCUGUCAGAGAACCAGCUUGGAGCCACAGGAGUCCAGGCCCUCUGUGCUGCCCUCGCAGUGAAUAAAACCAUACAGAAGAUGCAGCUGGCAGGGAAUGGCCUGGAGGAACGGGCAGCACAGCACCUUGCGGACUUCCUGCUGGUCCACACAGGCCUGAAAUCCCUGGACCUCAGUUAUAACCAGCUGAAUGACGUAGCAGGAGAGAUACUUGGACCAGCCCUGGCAGAAAACACAGGACUCACAGAACUUAACAUAAGCUGGAAUCACCUACGAGGCCUAGGAACCAUAGUAUUUGCUAAGGGACUAGAGGCAAAUAUCUUCCUGAAAGUCCUGGAUAUCUCUUAUAAUGGCUUUGGAGACCCUGGCGCCUCUGCAGUAGGCGAGGCCUUCAAGGCCAACAACGUAUUGGAGGAACUCAACAUGAGCAACAACCGCAUCUCUCUGGUGGGAGCCCUGAGCCUGGGGCAGGGCCUCCGGGUCAACCAGACACUGAGAAUUCUUAUUGUGUCCAGGAAUCCUAUGCAAAGUGAAGGCUGCUUUGGUCUCCUUAAGUCUGUCCGGGACAAUCCAGCCUCUGCCCUAGAACUACUGGAUUUCUCUGACAUCCAGGUGAACAGAGAGUUCGAUGACCUUGCUAGCUCCGUGAAGGUAAUUCUUCCAGGGUUCACUUAA